CUGACCCGGGCACAUGGAGGACCUGAGGGAGUCACCUGCUGCUGAGGACGAGAGACUGGACUAUAUAGCGGAAUGCGUCCUGAGGACUCUUAAACUGAAACAGGACAAAUGGCAGAAAUGCGUGUCCAGCGAGGACAACAGGCAGGUGCUGCAGGAGUUCCUGGACAAAGCCGAGCAGAGGACUCUGGUGGUGUCUGUGACUGCAGGAGGACAGCUACAGACCGCCUCCUCCUUCACUGGCGACUCCAAGAACAAGGCGGUGUACUUCAUAAAGCGAACCACAACCACACUGAGUCCCGAAUCCAUGAAGGAGAAUUUGUUUUACGGGGACCUGUCUUAUGCUCCACUUGACCAGUUUUCUCUUCUAGUUGAGGAGGUUAUAGCUCCACUGCUCUCCAACAGCAACAACUACAUUCAGUGGCCACAGGUUGUGGUACAGGAUAUCAAGUGUCAUGUCCACUCCCUUAAGAACAGUGUGUUUGUGGUGUCUGGCCAAAUCCAAGGCAAGACUCUGUUGCCUCUCCCCGCGGGCUCGGAGCGAAUAGACCGAGCCGCCCUCGAGACGGACAAAAGGGGGGAAAUAGUGGAUAAAAGCAUCAUCCACUCCUUGGAGUCUGCAGUGAUAGAGUGGAGCCAUCAAAUCCGUGCUAUCCUCAAAAAAGACUCCUCUGAGGCUCUGCUGGAAGGCAGAAACCCCACGCCUCACACUGAGUUGCUCUUCUGGAAGAACAGAUAUGCAGAUUUUAAGUGCAUCCACUCCCAGUUAAAAUCGUGCAAGGUGAAUAAGAUGGCAGCGUUGUUGGAGGCUGUGGAGAGCUGCUACCAUGCUGCUUUUAUGAACAUGCAGCAGGAUGUCCUUGCAGCUCUCGAGGAGGCAGAAGACACCUGCACCUACCUGAGACCCCUGCAGCCUCUGUUUACUGACAUGGAGAAUGUGGAGAUUCCUGCUGUCAAGGGUCUAAUCGGCCCUUUAAUGCACACAGUAUGUCUGGUGUGGGCAAACUCAAGAUACUACAACACUCCAGCACGGCUGAUUGUUCUCCUGCAGGAGACAUGUAACCUCCUCAUGCAGCAGGCCCGCAUCUAUCUAGUACCAGAAGAUAUUCUGAGAGGAGAGGUUUCUGAGACUCUCCAGAAAAUACAGACCACCCUGGAGGUCCUGAUUCUCUUCAAGAGCACCUAUGAGGACCGGCGGGCCAAUCUGAGGCAGUACCAGAAGAACGGGAGCUUGGUUAGGCCCUGGGACUUUUCCCCUCUUUUGAUUUUCUCCAGACUUGACCGCUUUGUUAACAGAGUCAAAAUCAUUAAGGAUAUCUUGUUAACAGCUGUCGACCUGCUGAAGCUUGAGAAACUGGAGAUUGGAGGCAUCCGAGGUCGAGCCCUCGGCCAGCAAGUCCAACAGCUCCAGCAGGAAUUUACUGACACGUAUAAGUUCUUCACAGAGAAGCCCUAUGACUGCUUGGAUGUAAACAACAUGGAGUUUGAAGAAGACGUGAGGCAGUUUAAACUGAAGGUGGAUGACAUAGACCGAAGACUCGGAGCUAUCUUCUGUCAGGCCUUUGAUGACGCCUGUGGUCUGGAGCAUGCCUUUAAGGUCCUGGACAUGUUUGGCAGCCUGCUGGAGCGCCCGCUAGUGGCUACAGAUGCUCUGGACAAAUACCCUUUGCUUGUGUCUAUGUUUGACAAGGAGCUGGACUGCUGUAAAAUUCUCUACAACAAACACAUUCAAGCUGCUGAGGAGUGGGGUUCAGCUCCAGUGAAUAAGAAUAUGCCAGCAGUAGCUGGAGGGCUGAGAUGGGCCCAGGAGGUGGAGCAGCGCAUCCAGACCCCCUUCUUCAAAUUCAGACACCUCGCCUAUCCGUGCUUGGAGACUGCAGAAGGAGCCAGGGUCAUCCAGAAGUAUGAGGAGAUGAUGCAACUGCUGGACAGAUAUUCCACCAGCUUGUAUGAGACGUGGACAGAGACUGUUGGUGAGAGCUCUCAGUACAACCUCAGCCUGCCGUUAAUCAAACGGGACCCGGACGCUCAGCUGAUCACAGUCAACUUUAACCCACAGCUGGCGGCUGUGCUUAGAGAGGUGAAAUACUUAUUGGCAAGACAGACUGAAGCCAUCCCUGAAACUGCAGUGCAGAUCUACACCAUCAGGGGGCAGCUGUGGCAGUAUGUGGCUAACCUUGAACUCACUGUGGACCGAUAUAAUAAGGUGGUGCACUCCGUGCUUGAUGUGGAACGUCCUCUGAUUCAGGGCCAGCUCAGCGACAUCGACGCCCAGCUCAGAAAGGCAGAGGACAGUCUGAACUGGAACAGCCAAGGUGUUUGGGAGUAUAUCCAGGAGGUGCGAGACCUGGUGUGUGAUCUGGAAAGUCGGCUCCAGAGGGCCAAAGACAACGUAGAGGAGAUUCUGAGCUGCAUGAGGUCCUGGUCCACCCCCAUAUUUGACAGGAAGGAGGGGAAAAAAGACGCUCUGCUCAGUUUGGAGGACAGGACUGAGAGGCUCGACAGAUUUUACAGUCUGAUUCGGUCUUCCGGGGAAAAAAUCCACUUCCUAGUUAAGUGCAAUCGGGCGCUGUUCAAAGCUGAGCCGUCCUCUGAGGAGUGGAAGGCCUAUGUGGAGUACAUCGAUGACACGAUCAUAGAUGGCUUCUUCAACAGCAUUGAGUGCUCUCUCAGGUUUUUCCUCGAUAACACUGACCAAAGAGCUGUCAUUGCCCCCCUGUUUGAGGCUCAGCUGGAUCUGAGGGUUCUUGACAUGGUGUUCACUCCCUCUCUGGAGGUUGGGACUAGAGAAAGUUUGUUUGAGCUGGUGGAAGGCCUCAUCAAUGAUGUGUUUGGAAUUUCUUCACUGGUGCCACGCCUCGCCCAGCAUAGCCCCUCUCCAAACUACCAGGCUGACAUGGAGGACAUGGCUGACCUGGCAGACAUGCGUAAUCUCAUCAUGGAGCGGAUCCAGGCGGCCAUGGCAACGUGCUGCGAGUUUCGCAACUCUCUGGAGCGUUACAGCUACCUGUAUGUGGAAGACAGGAAGGAGUUCAUGCGUCAGUUCCUUUUGUACGGCCAGAUUCUCACCAACCAGGAGAUGGAGAUUUAUCCUGACAAUAGUGUCUCUGAGAGUCCACCAAGUCUGGGAAACUUUAGAGAGCAGGUUAACAGUUAUGAGAAGAUAUAUGAAGAGGUGCAGGCUCUGGAGCCAGUGCAUGUGUUCCUCAGGUGGAUGAGGGUGGAUGGCCGUAGCAUGAAGAGUGCCUUGCUCAACAUAAUCAAAAAGUGGAGCUAUAUGUUCAAACAGCACCUCGUUGACCUUGUUACCAACAGUCUGUUAGACUUGGAGAAGUUUAUCACUGUGGUUCAGGCUGGGUUGAGCCAGCAGGUGGAGGAGGGUGAUUACGAUGGCCUGGUGGAGGUCAUGGGUAACCUGCUGGCUGUUAAGGAAAGACAGAAUACUACAGACACCAUGUUUGAGCCUCUGCAGCAAACCAUCGCUCUUCUGAAGGAGUAUGAGCAGGAGCUGCCCGAUGUGGUUUACAAACAGUUAGAGGAGCUGCCAGACAAGUGGGACAAUGUGAAAAAGCAGGCAGUGUUGGUCAAGCAGCAGGUGGCACCACUGCAGGCUGUCGAGGUGUCCAGUCUUCGUCGAAAGUGUGCUGCUUUUGAUGUUGAGCAACACACAUUCAGGGAGCACUUUCGCAAAAGCAAGCUCUUCAGGUUUGAAAGUGAAAGUCCCUGCCAGAUGUUGGAUGCAUUCCACCGGCAGAUCCAGGAACGGGAGGCAAUUAUGGCCUCUCUGGUGGAGUCUGCCAGCCUGUUUGAGGUCACAGUGUCAGAGUACAGACAGCUCCGACAAUGCAGGCAUGAGGUGGUUCUCUUGAAGGAGCUGUGGGACAUGAUCACCAUGGUGGAAUCCACCAUGACAGCAUGGAGGACAACUUCCUGGAGAGAGAUCAACGUGGAGGACAUGGAACUGGAAUGUAAACGUUUUUCCAAAGAGAUUCGCAUGUUGGAUAAAGAGGUUAGAGCGUGGGAGGCCUUCACAGGGUUGGAGAGCAGGGUGAGGAACCUCCUCACCUCCCUCCGGGCUGUGGCAGAGCUCCAGAAUCCAGCCAUACGAUCCAGACAUUGGCAUCAGUUAAUGGGCGCUACUGGAGUCCGCUUCACCAUGGACCAGGUUUACAGCUUAUUCUAAUUUUUAAAAAACCCAACAUGUUGUGGAGUUUCAUUUAGAGCAUUUUAACAUUAUUAUCACACUAGCUGCAGGAUUGUUUUAUUCAGGUCCAAGCAGAUGUGGUAAUAUUUUAAUUGAGCUUACACACAUAAGCAAAUUCAUUCUUCAGCUCCUCUUUGGGGUAGUAUGCAAUUCCAGUAUGAGCCCCACCACAGGACCAAGCUCCCUCUGCUCCGUGCAAAUGAGGAGCUGAUUGAGACGCUGGAAGACAACCAGGUCCAGCUGCAGAACCUUAUGUCAUCCAAGUAUAUCGCACACUUCCUGGAUGAAGUAUCUUCAUGGCAAAGCAAGCUAUCUGUGGUCGACUCCGUCAUCUCCAUCUGGUUUGUGGUUCAGCGGACUUGGAGUCACCUGGAAAGCAUCUUCCUUGGCUCUGAGGACAUUCGCUCACAGCUGCCUGAGGACUCCAGGCGCUUUGAGGGGAUUGAUGCCGAUUUCAAAGAGCUGGCGAACGCUAUGCACGAGACGCCCAACGUAGUGGAGGCCACCAACAAACCAGGCCUGUUUUGUAAACUGGAGGACAUCCAGAGCAGGCUUUCUCUGUGUGAAAAGGCUCUGGCAGAAUACCUGGACACCAAGCGUCUGGCCUUUCCCAGAUUUUACUUCAUCUCUUCAGCUGAUCUGCUGGACAUCCUGUCUAAUGGGACCAACCCACACCAGGUCCAGAAGCAUCUGUCCAAGCUGUUUGACAACAUGGCUAAGAUGCGAUUUGAAACAGAUGGAGAGGGGAAUCCUUCGAAGAUUGGUCAAGGCAUGUACAGCAAGGAGGAAGAGUAUGUCCCUUUCAAUCAGGCCUGUGACUGCAGUGGACAGGUGGAGAUGUGGUUAAACCGGGUGCUCGACACAAUGCGCUCCACAGUUCGCCACGAGAUGACCGAGGCAGUAAUAGCCUAUGAGGAAAAGCCUCGGGAGCAGUGGCUGUUUGACUAUUCAGCUCAGGUGGCUUUGACCUGCACACAGAUCUGGUGGACGUCUGACGUCGCUAUGGCUUUUGCACGUCUUGAGGAGGGCUACGACAACGCCAUGAAGGAGUACUACAAAAAACAGGUCUCCCAGCUCAACACUCUUAUCUCAAUGCUGAUUGGCCAACUUACACCGGGUGAUCGGCAGAAGGUCAUGACUAUCUGCACCAUCGAUGUCCAUGCCAGAGACGUCGUGGCCAAGAUGGUCACUCAGAAGGUGGAGAAUUCUCAGGCCUUUGUGUGGCUGUCACAGCUGAGACACCGUUGGGAUGAAAAGGAGAAGCACUGUCUUACUAACAUCUGUGAUGCCCAGUUUCUCUACUCCUACGAAUACCUGGGAAACACACCGCGAUUAGUCAUCACUCCUCUAACAGAUAGAUGCUACAUCACACUGACUCAGUCCCUCCACCUGACAAUGAGUGGAGCUCCAGCUGGGCCCGCAGGCACGGGGAAGACUGAGACUACCAAAGACUUGGGACGGGCCCUGGGAAUCAUGGUGUACGUGUUUAACUGCUCCGAGCAGAUGGACUACAAGUCCUGUGGGAACAUCUACAAAGGCCUGGCUCAGACAGGAGCUUGGGGCUGCUUUGACGAGUUUAACAGGAUAUCUGUGGAGGUUCUUUCUGUGGUGGCUGUACAGGUCAAAAGCAUCCAAGAUGCCAUCCGCGAUAAGAAGCAGAGAUUUAACUUCAUGGGAGAGGAAGUGAAUCUUUGUCCCUCUGUUGGCAUCUUCAUCACAAUGAAUCCAGGCUACGCUGGCAGGACCGAGCUUCCUGAGAAUCUCAAAGCUCUGUUCAGACCUUGUGCCAUGGUGGUGCCGGACUUUGAGCUCAUCUGUGAAAUCAUGCUGGUGGCUGAAGGCUUCCUUAAUGCCCGGGUCCUUGCUAGGAAGUUUAUCACCCUCUAUACGCUGUGCAAAGAGCUGCUGUCUAAACAGGACCACUAUGACUGGGGUCUCCGAGCCAUCAAGUCAGUCCUGGUGGUGGCCGGCUCUCUGAAGCGAGGAGACCCCGGCAGAGCUGAGGACCAGGUGCUAAUGCGAGCUCUCAGAGACUUCAACAUUCCGAAGAUCGUGACCGAUGACAUGCCUGUUUUCAUGGGACUAAUAGGAGACUUGUUCCCUGCCUUGGACGUCCCCAGGAAGAGAGACCUGGACUUUGAGAACGGCGUGAGGGAGUCCAUCCUGGACUUGAAGUUGCAAGCCGAGGACAAUUUUGUACUAAAGGUGGUGCAGCUGGAUGAACUGCUGGCAGUGCGUCACUCUGUGUUUGUGAUAGGGAAUGCAGGCACUGGGAAGAGCCAGGUGAUGAGAUCACUCCACAGGACCUAUCAGAACAUGAAGCGUCGGCCCGUGUGGGCAGACCUCAACCCUAAGGCUGUGACCAAUGACGAGCUCUUUGGCAUCAUCAACCCAGCAACCCGAGAGUGGAAAGAUGGUCUGUUCUCCAAUAUAAUGCGCGAAUUGGCCAACAUUAGUCACGGCGGACCAAAGUGGAUUGUUUUGGAUGGAGACAUUGACCCAAUGUGGAUUGAGUCACUCAAUACAGUCAUGGAUGACAACAAGGUGCUGACUCUGGCCAGUAAUGAGCGGAUCCCUUUGAACCCCACCAUGAGGCUGGUGUUUGAGAUCAGCCACCUUCGCACUGCCACCCCUGCUACUGUAUCCAGAGCGGGCAUCCUUUACAUAAACCCAGCAGACCUUGGGUGGAAUCCACCAGUGUCAAGCUGGAUCGACAAGAGGAAAGUCCAGUCAGAGAAGGCCAACCUGACCAUUCUCUUUGACAAGUAUAUCCCACCUUGCCUGGAAGCACUCAGGUCGAGGUUUAAGAAGAUCAUCCCUAUCCCUGAGCAGAGUCUGGUCCAGAUGCUGUGCUACUUGCUGGAAUGUCUUCUGACUCCAGAAAACACCCCGGCAGACUGUGCCAAAGAACUUUAUGAGCUCUAUUUUGUCUUUGCUGCGGUCUGGGCCUUUGGAGGGGCCAUGUUUCAAGACCAGCUGGUUGACUACAGAGUGGAGUUCAGCAAGUGGUGGGUGACCGAGUUCAAAACCAUCAAGUUCCCUACCCAGGGCACCGUGUUUGAUUACUACAUCGACCCCAAGACUAAGAAGUUUGAACCCUGGUCCAAGAUGGUGCCCACGUUUGAGAUGGAUGCAGACACACCACUUCAGGCAUGCCUGGUCCACACUACAGAGACCAUUCGAGUUCGUUACUUCUUGGACCGUCUGCUGGAGCACCGAAGGCCUGUCAUGCUGGUUGGAAACGCUGGCACCGGGAAGUCUGUUCUGGUUGGGGAAAAACUGGGAUCACUGGAUGCAGAGAAAUAUAUGAUCAAAAAUGUCCCUUUUAACUAUUAUACCACAUCUGCUAUGCUUCAAGCUGUGUUAGAAAAACCCCUUGAGAAGAAAGCAGGGCGCAACUACGGCCCCCCAGGCAGCAGAAGACUGAUCUACUUCAUAGACGACAUGAACAUGCCUGAGGUGGAUGCAUAUGGCACGGUUCAGCCUCACACACUAAUACGCCAACACAUGGACUACAACCACUGGUAUGAGCGUAAUAAGCUGCUUCUGAAGGAAAUACACAACGUUCAAUACGUGUCCUGCAUGAACCCCACAGCUGGCAGCUUCACCAUAAAUCCACGGUUGCAGCGCCACUUCUCAGUUUUUGCCCUGUCGUUUCCCGGAGCCGAGGCCCUGAGCACCAUCUACACCUCCAUUCUGUCUCAGCACCUGAGAGGAGAGGGAUUCAGUGCUGCCCUGCAGAAGAGCUGCUCCACCCUUGUGCAAUUAGCCCUGGCCUUGCACCAGCGCGUCUCCUCCGCCUUCCUCCCCACCGCAGUCAAGUUCCACUACAUCUUUAACUUGCGAGACCUCUCCAACAUUUUCCAGGGCGUUCUCUUCUGUACCGGUGAGUGUCUGAAAGCCCCCCUAGACCUGCUGAAAAUCUACCUGCACGAGUCGAACCGGGUCUACAGAGACAAGCUGGUGGAGGAGCGGGACUUCCAGCUUUUUGAUAGGCUGCAGGCAGACACAGUAAAGAAGUUCUAUGAGGACAUGGAGGAGACUCUGGAGCAGACCAGAGAGAUGAACCUGUACUGCCACUUCGCCCGUGGUCAGGGGGAGGCCAGAUACAUGGCUGUAGAGUCCUGGAGCAGCCUCAGUAAAACUCUGCUGGAGGUGCUGGAGAGCUACAAUGAGGUCAACGCCACCCUGAACCUCGUGCUGUUUGAGGACGCCAUGGCUCACAUCUGCCGGAUAAACCGAAUCCUGGAGUCUCCACGGGGUAAUGUGCUGCUGGUCGGAGUGGGCGGCAGCGGCAAGCAGAGUCUGACCCGGCUGGCUGCUUUCAUCUCCAAUCUGGAGGUCUUCCAGAUCACCUUGAGGAAAGGCUACAGUAUCGCUGACCUAAAGAGUGACCUGGCGUCCCUCUACAUGAAAGCUGGCGUGAAGAAUAUUGGCACUGUGUUCCUAAUGACUGAUGCCCAAGUGGCAGAUGAGAAGUUCCUCGUUCUGGUCAACGAUCUGCUGGCGUCGGGAGAGAUCCCCGACCUGUUCCAAGAUGACGAGGUGGAGAACGUCAUUGGCAGUGUGCGUCCAGAGGUCCGUGGCUCUGGGUUGAUGGAUACGAAGGAAAACUGCUGGAAGUUCUUCAUCAGUCGGGUUCGCCGACAGCUCAAGGUGGCUUUGUGUUUUUCUCCAGUUGGCAGCAAACUGAGGGUUCGCAGCAGGAAGUUCCCAGCAGUAGUCAACUGCACAGCGAUCAACUGGUUCCACGAGUGGCCACAGGAGGCUCUGGAGUCGGUCAGCUUCAGGUUCCUCGAGGACGUUGAGAAUAUCAAUCCCCAAGUGAAGGAGUCGAUCAGUAAAUUCAUGGCUUAUGUCCACAUGAGUGUCAAUCAAACGUCGAAGGAGUACCUGGCCAAUGAGCGGCGCUACAACUACACCACGCCCAAGUCGUUCCUGGAGCAGAUCAAGCUGUAUCGCAGUCUGCUGGGCCAGAAGAGCAAAGAGCUCACCAACAAGAUGGAGCGGCUGGAGAACGGACUCCAGAAGCUCAACAGCACCUCUGCUCAGGUGGAUGACCUCAAGGCCAAGCUGGCUGCUCAGGAAGUGGAACUCAAGCAGAAGAAUGAGGAUGCUGACAAGCUUAUACAGGAGGUUGGGAUAGAAACUGAGAAGGUGUCCAAAGAGAAGGCGGUGGCUGAUGAAGAAGAAAAAAAAGUGGCUGCCAUUGCUGUGGUAGUCAGCGGCAAACAGAGAGACUGUGAAGAAGACUUAGCUAAAGCCGAACCAGCCCUGCUUGCUGCUCAGGAUGCCCUUAACACUCUCAAUAAGAACAACUUGACUGAGCUGAAGUCAUUUGGCUCUCCAGUGGCAGCAGUGACCAACAUCACAGCAGCAGUCAUGGUCCUGAUGGCACCUGGUGGCAAAGUCCCAAAGGAUCGCAGCUGGAAGGCUGCAAAGGUAAUGAUGGCCAAAGUGGACACAUUCCUGGACUCUUUGAUUAACUUCAACAAGGAAAAGAUCCCAGAGGCUUGCCUUAAGGCCAUUCAGCCUUACCUGCAGGAUCCAGAAUUCCAGCCAGAUCUGGUGGCAUCCAAGUCAUAUGCAGCAGCGGGUCUGUGCUCCUGGGUUUUAAACAUCGUCAAGUUCUACGAGGUUUACUGCGAGGUGGAGCCGAAGCGUCAGGCUCUAAGCAAGGCCAAUGCAGAGCUGGCGGCUGCACAAGAGAAGCUCGCCGCCAUCAAAAGCAAAAUCAAUCACCUUAAUGAGAACCUGGCCAAGCUCACAGCCAAGUUUGAGAAGGCCACUGCAGACAAGCUCAAGUGCCAACAGGAAGCAGAAUCAACCGCGCACACCAUUUCCCUGGCUAACCGUCUGGUGGGUGGUCUAGCAUCAGAGAAUGUUCGCUGGGCAGAGGCUGUAGAGAACUUCAAGAAGCAGGAAAGGACUCUGUGUGGAGAUGUUCUUCUCAUCACCACCUUCAUCUCCUACCUAGGAUAUUUUACCAAGCGCUACAGGGUCCAGCUUAUGGACGGCACCUGGAGGCCGUAUCUCAGUCAGCUGAAGGUUCCUAUCCCAGUGACGCAUGACCUGGACCCUUUGACACUGCUGACUGACGACGCUGACAUUGCUACGUGGCAGAAUGAGGGGCUACCUGCUGACAGGAUGUCCACGGAGAAUGCUACCAUUCUGACUUCUUGCCAACGCUGGCCCCUUAUGGUGGACCCCCAGCUGCAGGGCAUCAAGUGGAUCAAAAAUAAAUAUGGUGAAGACCUGCAAGUCAUCCGCAUCGGACAGCGAGGGUACCUAGAUGCCAUAGAGAGAGCACUGGCAGCAGGUGACGUGGUUCUGAUAGAGAACUUGGAAGAAAUGCUAGAUCCUGUUCUUGGACCUCUGCUUGGCAGAGAAACCAUCAAGAAGGGAAGGUACAUAAAGAUUGGAGACAAGGAGUGCGAGUACAAUCCCAGUUUCCGUCUCAUUUUACACACCAAGCUCGCCAGCCCUCAUUAUCAGCCAGAGCUGCAGGCCCAGUGCACCUUAAUAAAUUUCACAGUGACCAGAGACGGCCUGGAGGACCAGCUGCUGACUGCCGUGGUCAGCAUGGAGAGACCUGAUCUGGAACAGCUGAAGUUUGACCUGACGAAGCAACAGAACGACUUUAAGAUAACUCUGAAGACGCUGGAGGACAACCUGCUAUCCCGUUUGUCUUCAGCUUCAGGAAAUUUCCUCAGUGACACGGAGCUGGUGGAAAACUUGGAGACGACCAAACGCACAGCUGCUGAGAUCGAAGAAAAGGUAAAAGAAGCCAAGGUGACGGAGACCAAAAUCAAUGAGGCUCGAGAGCACUUCCGACCAGCAGCAGCACGGGCUUCCUUAUUGUACUUCACAAUGAACGACCUCAAUAAAAUCCACCCCAUGUAUCAGUUCUCUCUAAAGGCGUUUAGUGUGGUCUUCCAGAAAGCAGUUCUGAAGGCUGAGCCUGCAGAAGGUCUAAAGCAGCGGGUGUCCAACCUAAUUGACAGCAUCACCUCCUCAGUCUUCCAGUACACCACCAGAGGCCUAUUUGAGUGUGACAAGCUCACAUACAUCGCUCAGCUCGCUUUCCAGAUACUCCUGAUGAAUAAAGAUAUAAACCCUGUAGAGCUAGACUUCCUCCUGAGGUACCCUGUCCAACCAGGUGUAACAUCACCAGUGGAGUUCCUAUCUAACCACUCCUGGGGGGGGAUCAAGUCUCUUUGCUCCAUGGAUGAGUUCAGAAACCUGGACAGAGACAUUGAAGGCUCAGCCAAACGCUGGAAGAAGUUUGUAGAGUCCGAGUGUCCGGAAAAAGAGAAAUUCCCACAGGAAUGGAAGAGCAAAAGCUCACUCCAGAGACUGUGCAUUAUGAGAGCCCUGAGGCCUGACCGCAUGACGUACGCUGUCAGAGACUUUGUAGAGGAGAAACUGGGAAGCAAGUAUGUGAUUGGCAGAUCACUGGACUUUGCUGUCUCCUUUGAAGAGUCAGGUCCAGCUACGCCCAUGUUCUUCAUCCUCUCUCCCGGAGUUGACCCUUUGAAGGAUGUGGAAAAACAUGGGAGGAAGCUGGGCUACACAUUUGACAACAAAAACCUCCAUAAUGUCUCUCUGGGUCAAGGUCAGGAAGUUAUAGCUGAACAAGCCCUCAACUUGGCAGCUAAAAAUGGCCAUUGGGUCAUAUUACAGAACAUCCACCUCGUGGCUCGUUGGCUGGGCACCCUUGAGAAACUUCUGGAGCAGUACGGAGAUGGAAGCCAUGAAAAUUUCAGAGUGUUUAUUAGUGCGGAGCCCUCAUCGACCCGUGAGGGCCACAUCAUCCCCCAGGGUAUCCUGGAGACCUCCAUCAAGAUCACCAAUGAACCACCUACUGGCAUGCACGCAAACCUGCACAAGGCCCUCGACAACUUCAACCAGGAUACGCUGGAAAUGUGCGCAAGGGAGAAUGAGUUUAAGAGUAUUUUGUUUGCCCUUUGCUACUUCCAUGCGGUGGUGGCAGAGAGGAGGAAAUUUGGUCCUCAAGGUUGGAACAGAUCAUACCCCUUUAACACCGGAGACCUCACCAUUUCUGUCAACGUCCUCUACAACUAUCUGGAGGCAAAUCCAAAGGUGCCGUACGAUGAUUUGCGCUACCUAUUCGGCGAGAUCAUGUAUGGUGGUCACAUCACAGACGACUGGGACCGGCGUCUGUGUCGCACGUACCUGGAGGAGUUUGUUAAGCCCGAGAUGAUGGAGGGGGAGCUGUACCUAGCACCUGGUUUCCCCUUGCCUGGAAACAUGGACUACAACAGCUACCACCAGUACAUCGAUGACAACCUUCCUCCUGAGUCCCCUUAUUUGUAUGGCCUUCAUCCCAAUGCUGAGAUUGGCUUCCUUACACAAACCUCGGAGACACUUUUCCGCACUGUCCUGGAAAUGCAGCCGAGGGACAGAGGAGUGGGUGAGGGAAGCGGGACGACGCGUGAAGAGAAGGUGCAUGUAGUGCUGGAAGAGAUACUGGAGAAACUCCCAGAGGAGUUCAACAUGGCUGAGCUUCUAGGGAAAGCAGAGGAGAGGACUCCCUAUCAGGUCGUGGCGCUGCAGGAGUGUGAGCGUAUGAACAUUCUCACCCAGGAGAUCAGAUGCUCUCUUCACGAGCUAAGCCUUGGACUUAAGGGAGAGCUGACCAUGACCAGUGACAUGGAAAACCUUCAGAAUGCUAUCUUCCUGGACAUGGUGCCAGAGAGUUGGACCAAACGGGCAUACCCCUCCAUGUCUGGCCUGGCCCUGUGGUUCACUGACCUGCUGGCCAGGAUCAGGGAGCUGGAAGCUUGGUCAGCUGAUUUCAUCUUACCUUCUGCAGUGUGGCUGGCUGGCUUCUUUAACCCUCAGUCCUUUCUCACAGCCAUCAUGCAGGCUAUGGCGAGAAGAAACGAGUGGCCCCUGGACAGUAUGUGUCUGCAGUGUGAUGUCACAAAGAAGAAUCGCGAGGACUUCAGCUCUCCACCUCGUGAAGGGGCCUACAUACACGGGUUGUACAUGGAGGGUGCACGCUGGGACACACAGACUGGCUUGAUUGUGGAUGCCCGACUCAAAGAGCUCACCCCAACCAUGCCGGUCAUGUUCAUCAAGGCUAUCCCAGUGGACAAAUGGGACAACAGAAACCUCUACCAGUGCCCUGUUUAUAAGACUCGUCAGAGGGGACCCACAUACGUAUGGACCUUUAACCUGAAGACCAAAGAAAACCCCUCCAAGUGGACCUUAGCUGGCGUGGCUCUUCUUCUCCAGAUCUAGAAUGGUUUAAGAUGAACACACUAAUGAUCCUGAAAGAGGGAAUGGUUCAAAGGUCAAUGGACAUAUAUGAGAUGUGUUAGUAUUUGGGAGUAACAAAUGAAAAGGUAGAUUUAUUGGUCAAAGCACUCAGGGAAUUCUUGCUAUAGCCUCUGUUGGUUUUACUCUAGAUUAGGGAUGCAACGAUACCAAUUUUUUCAA